AUGGCACGUCAGCAGAGACUGCUGUCGUCCAGCGUUUACCGUAGGGCAGGGGUCACCAACCUUUUUGAAACUGAGAGCUACUUAAAGGACUCUGACAGAGACCAAGAGGAGAGCCAUGUUUUCAGGCAGACCAGAGAUCAAGCCGUGAAAGACAAGAGGCGGUCGCCCCCCUCCAACAGAUCUCCCUCCGCCCAACAACGCAACCCUCACCACAGCGGCUCUGCAGACGAACAGGAGAGCCCUGAGCGAGUGGUGCAGAAGGAGAAGCUCUAUGCAGAGCUGAAGCAGGUGUUGAGUCAGAAGAGAAGUCAUCUGAGAGAGUCUACCUGCCAACUGGCCCAACCAGAGAUGGACACCGAGCCCACAGACAAGCAGACAUGUGUGGAGGAAGCCUCUCAAUCCAUCGAUAUCGUGGUGGAGACGGAGGCGGAGGCCGGUGCCAGCGGCUACAGUGUGACUGGUGGAGGACAGCGAGGGAUCUUUGUGAAAGACGUCCUCAGAGACUCGCCAGCCGCCAAGCAUCUCAGUCUACAGGAAGGUGACCAGCUGCUGAGUGCCAAGGUCUACUUUGACAACGUGAAGUAUGAAGAUGCUCUGAAGAUCCUUCAGUGUGCAGAGCCGUAUAAGGUCAGCUUCCAGCUGAGGAGGACCAUGCCUGAACCAGAGGUCUACGUGCAGCCUCGAGUUCCCAGUGUGGAGGUCAAAGAUCCCAAUGCCAGGAUAGCCAAAAUGUGUGUGAAGGACAGCAAGCCCUUUAAGACCAAGAAGAAGAGAGGUGGUCGUUUUGGUCUGAAGAGGCUGAAGGAGAAACGCAAGGAGGAGCUGGUGAUAGAGGGUACGCCCCCCAGGCUGGAGAUGAGUGACGUCGACGUGGAGUUUUCUCUCCCCAAAUUCAAACAGGAAAAAAGUACAAAGGUUGAAUCAGAAGGAGAAGGAACAGAAGAAGGAGAAGAAGAAGGAGAAGAAGAAGGAGAAGAUGCAGUGGGGAAGGCAAAGAGGAAUAGGUUUCCACAUAUGAAAACAAAGAGUUACACUGGAGAAGACACAGGAGGAAAAGUGGGCACUGGACGACUCGAGGGACAGGUGAAUAUCUCUUCACCUGAGAUAACGGGAGCUAAGGUGAAAACCAAAGGAAAAGGAAACAAGUUUGGAAUUACGUUUCCUAAUACCAAGCACACAAAGUCAGGCUCAGCAUUGGAAAUUGGAUCUGCAGAACUGAACCCUCCAGGUGUGAACACCCAGUUACCAUCAGUGGAGUUCAGUUUGUCUGGUGAUGAAAACCCGCACAUGGAGAAGGGAGGGGUUAAGAUUAAUGUACCUGAUGUGGAGUUUGCACUCCCUUCAGGAAAAGCUGAGGCAUCUUUGCCCACUGUGAAGGGAAAGGCUGAAAUUAAGGCUUCUAAGAUCAACAUCAAAGGAGGAGCUGAUGCAGAGGCAGCUGUGGGAAAAGGGGUUGUAGACAAAGGAAAAGGAGAUGCAAAGUUGAGAAUGCCAAAGUUGAAACUGCCAAAAAUUAGACUAUCGCGCCAUUCUGAUGAGAUAGAUGGUGACAUCAAGGUGAAAUCCAAAGGAAUGGAAAUGCCUCACACUGACAUAAAGGCUCCAAAAGUAGCAAUUAAAGGAGGUGGGGAAAUGAAUCUCCUUGAGGCAAAUAUCACCAAACCAAAGAAGAAAGUCGAUCUCUCAUUGAAAACUCCAUCGAUUCAAAUGCCUUCUGUCGAUUUUUCUGGAUCAAAAGUGACGGGAAAUUCUGACGUGGAAGUCUCACUCCCGGAGUUUAAAGGAGCUGGGAAGACAGCAAUCAAAAUGCCUACUGUUGACAUCUCUGUGCCUGAUGUUGAUUUGGAAUUAGACACCAGAUGCAGAAUUCCUGAUGAGGUGGAGGGCACUUUCAAAGGGCCCAAAAUCUCCAUGCCAAAGGUUGAUAUCUCUUUGCCAAAUAUUGAUUCAGCCAAAGUGGAUAUUGAAGGUCCAGAAUUUGGAGGGAAAUGCAAUCUACCUUCUGUAGACAUCUCUCUCCCAAAAGGGAAACCAGGUGGGGAUGUGGAUAUGGAUUAUUAUGUUGGUGGAGAUGGAAAAUUCAAAUUGCCUGAGUUUGACAUAUGUCUUCCAAAGAUUAAGUCACCAGAAGGUGAAGUUAAUAUGAAAGGAGAAGGCUUCAAGUUACCCAAAGUAGACUUGAUGCUUCCCAAAGGCAAAGCAGGACCACCUGAUUUUGAAGGAGGAACAUUUCAGUUACCAUCUUUUGACAUUUCCCUCCCUAAAAUGAAAACUGGUGAGAUGGAGGUCGACAUCGAAGGCCCUGAAUUGAAAGGUGACAUUUCAAUCCCCAAAAUUAAGUCUCCAAAAGUAGAUAUCAGCAAUGAAGUUCCUGAUAUUAAAGGAGGAAAGUUUAACUUGCCAACUGUUGACAUUUCAGUCCCCAAAGGAAAAGUUGAAGGUGACCUUAAUGUUGAGUAUCCUAAUGUGAAGGGGGGUACAUUUAAAAUGCCCAAAUGUGAUGCUUCUUUACCAAAAGUGAGACUCCUAGAGGGUGAUGUCAAAAUAAAAGGCUGGGACAUCAAGGGAGGUAAGAUUGAGUUGCCCGACAUUGAUAUGUCACUACCCAAAGAAAAAACAGGAGUAGAAAUUGACAUUGAAGGGCAUGCUGGAAAAGGAGGCAAGUUUCAUAUGCCCUCUGUUGAUAUCUCACUUCCUAAAAUAAAAGCAAAGGUAAUUGAUGUGAAUAUUGAAGGUCUUGAACUUAAGGGAGGACAAAUCAACAUGCCAGACAUUGAUCUGUCACUCCCUAAAGGAAAUGCUGACCUGAUUACUGAAGGGCCUGAGUUCAAAGAAGGCAAAUUCAAAAUGUCCAAAUGUGAUGUUUCACUUCCAAAGAUGAACCUGCCAGAAGGCAAUGUCAAAGUUGAAGGACCAGAGAUGAAAGGAGGAGCUAUUGCAUUGCCAGUUGUUGGAAUUUCAGUUCCAGUGGGAAAAUUCGAGGGAGACAUCAAUAUUGAAGGACCAUCUGGAAAGGGAAAGUUUGAAGUGCCAAAAACUGACCUAUCUGGUAAAAAAGGUGGUGGGCUCCAAAUGCCAAGUCUUGAUAUUAAUCUCCCCAAAUUUGAUCUUGACCUCAGCCUUCCCUCUGGGCUGAAAGACAAAAGUCUUAAAGUGGACACGAGUGGUCUGGAAGCAUCCGGAGAUUUAAAGAUUUCUGGUCUCAAAAAAGAUAUUAAUCCACCCAGGAUAAAAGUGAAAGGUGCAGAUUUCAAGACAGGAGGUGUAGAUGGUCUAGAUGCAUCACUCACACUUCCUUCCGUCAAACUACCGACAGUUGACAUCUCAGCUCCUAAGGUGGAUCUAGACUUUGGCCUCACCAAACCUAAAGCUGACGAUGUGGAACUUCUUAAAGCAGAGGGAGACAGGCCUUCUUCUGGGGGCAGCUUUGAGAUACCUGAUGUCUCCCUCAAAAUCCCCAGUUUCUCUCUUCCUAGGUUUGGUGGAAAGUCCAAGAGUGAUGAUUUGGCAAUAUCUGGCCCCAAGGGAGAUGUUUCCCUCAGCCCACCACAUGUGGAAGGAGAGAUAAGGGCACCAUCAGUGGACUUUGAUGGGGAUGGAAAAGUAAAAGUGAAAAAGACUCAAAUAAAAAUGCCUUCAUUUGGUGUCUCCAAAAAGCAUGCAGAUGCAUCUGUGUCUUGUCCUGAUGUGGGUGUAAAAGUAAAAAAGGGAGGAAUUGCCAUUUCUAAACCAGAAAUCAGUGUUGAGAAUAAAGACAAAAAAUCUAAAUACAAAAUGAAAUUCCCCAAGUUUAAAGUAUCAUCACCAAAAGGUCAACUCCCAAAGGGAGAGGUUGAUGCUAAAUAUGAGGCAGAAGUGGAAGGGAAGAGUGGCUUCCAUGCACCUGAUAUCAAACUACCAAAGUUCUCCAUGCAAGGAUUUGGCUCUAAAGAAAAAGAUGUAGGCAAACCAAGUGGUUACCUUGAGUCUAAAACAAAGGUUAAGAUGCCCUCAGUUGAGCUAUCACUACCAGCAGUUAAAACAAAAGAGACUGAGGUUCUUCUCCCCAAAGCAGAGGUUGAUAUCAGAAGUUAUGAGGGUAACUUAAAAAUUCCCAAAACAAUUGACGUUACCAUUCCCAAAAAAGACCUGGAUGUAUCCCUGCCUAGAGUAAAGCAUGAGACAAAGAUUGAUGAAAUAGGAGGCAAUUUCAAGAUCCCUGAAAUUGACUUGUCCUUGCCUAAAGGGAGAAUGGGAAACAUUGAAUGUAACAUAUCUCUGCCCAAAGGAAGGAUUGAAGGUCCAGAUGUUGAAAUGGAGGGAGGUACCGGAGGGAAAUUCAAAAUGCCUCACAUUAAAAUGCCUAAUAUCGACAUGUCCCUGCCCAAAGGAAAGAUUGAGGGCCCAGAGACGGAUAUCCAAGGAGAAGGUGGACAUUUUAAAAUGCCUCAGUUCAACAUGCCCUCUGUUGAUGUAUCACUUCCCAAAGGAAAGAUUGAGGGUCUAGAUAUUGAAAUGGAGGAAGGUACCGGAGGGAAAUUCAAAAUGCCCCACAUGAAAAUGCCCAGUAUCGACGUCUCUCUGCCCAAGGGAAAGAUUGAAGUUCCAGAUGUUGAAAUGGAAGGACGCACUGGAGGGAAAUUCAAAAUGCCUUCCAUGAAAAUGCCUGAUAUCGACAUCUCUCUGCCCAAGGGAAAGAUUGAAGGUCCAGAUAUUGAAAUGGAGGGAGGUACCGGAGGGAGAUUAAAAAUGCCUCACAUGAAAGUGCCUAAUAUCGACAUUUCACUGCCCAAAGUAAAAAUUGAGGGCCCAGAGACGGAUAUCCAAGUAGAAGGUGGAAAGUUUAAAAUGCCUCAUUUCAACAUGCCCUCUGUUGAUGUAUCACUUCCCAAGGGAAAGAUUGAGGGUCCAGAUAUUGAAAUGGAGGGAGGUACCGGAGGGAAAUUCAAAAUGCCCCACAUGAAAAUGCCCAAUAUCGACAUCUCUCUGCCCAAGGGAAAGAUUGUAGGUCCAGAUGUUGAAAUGGAAGGAAGUACUGGAGGGAAAUUCAAAAUGCCUUCCAUGAAAAUGCCCGAUUUCGACAUCUCUCUGCCCAAGGGAAAGAUUGAAGGUCCAGAUGUUGAAAUGGAGGGAGGUACCGGAGGGAAAUUCAAAAUGCCUUCCAUGAAAAUGCCCAAUAUAGACAUAUCUCUGCCCAAGGGAAAGAUUGAAGGUCCAGAUGUUGAAAUGGAGGGAGGUACCGGAGGGAAAUUCAAAAUGCCCCACAUGAAAAUGCCCAGUAUCGACAUCUCUCUGCCCAAGGGAAAGAUUGAAGGUCCAGAUGUUGAAAAGGAAGGAAGUACUGGAGGGAAAUUCAAAAUGCCUUCCAUAAAAAUGCCAGAUAUAGACAUCUCUCUGCCCAAGGGAAAGAUUGAAGGUCCAGAUGUUGAAAUGGAGGGAGGUACCGGAGGGAAAUUCAAAAUGCCUCACAUGAAAAUGCCUAAUAUCGACAUUUCACUGCCCAAAGGAAAGAUAGAGGGCCCAGAGACGGAGAUCCAAGUAGAAGGUGGAAAGUUUAAAAUGCCUCAUUUCAACAUGCCCUCUGUUGAUGUAUCACUUCCCAAAGGAAAGAUUGAGGGUCCAAAUAUUGAAAUGGAGGGAGGUACCGGAGGGAAAUUCAAAAUGCCCCACAUGAAAAUGCCCAAUAUCGACAUCUCUCUGCCCAAGGGAAAGAUUGAAGGUCCAGAUGUUCAAAUGGAGGGAGGUACCGGAGGGAAAUUCAAAAUGCCUCACAUGAAAAUGCCCGAUAUCGACAUCUCUCUGCCCAAGGGAAAGAUUGAGGGCCCAGAGACGGAGAUCCAAGUAGAAGGUGGAAAGUUUAAAAUGCCUAAUUUCAACAUGCCCUCUGUUGAUGUAUCACUUCCCAAGGGAAAGAUUGAGGGUCCAGAUAUUGAAAUGGAGGGAGGUACCGGAGGGAAAUUCAAAUUGCCCCACAUGAAAAUGCCCAAUAUCGACAGCUCUCUGCCCAAGGGAAAGAUUGUAGGUCCAGAUGUUGAAAUGGAAGGAAGUACUGGAGGGAAAUUCAAAAUGCCUUCCAUGAAAAUGCCCAAUAUUGACAUAUCUCUGCCCAAGGGAAAGAUUGAAGGUCCAGAUGUUGAAAUGGAGGGAGGUACCGGAGGGAAAUUCAAAAUGCCUUCCAUGAAAAUGCCCGAUAUCGACAUCUCUCUGCCCAAAGGGAAGAUUGAAGGUCCAGAUGUUGAAAUGGAGGGAGGUUCCGGAGGGAAAUUCAAAAUGCCUCACAUGAAAAUGCCCAAUAUCGACAUCUCUCUGCCCAAGGGAAAGAUUGAAGGUCCAGAUGUUGAAAUGGAAGGAGGUACCGGAGGGAAAUUCAAAAUGCCUUCCAUGAAAAUGCCCGAUAUCGACAUCUCUCUGCCCAAGGGAAAGAUGGAAGGUCCAGAUGUUGAAAUGGAGGGAGGUACCGGAGGGAAAUUCAAAAUGCCUCACAUGAAAAUGCCCAAUAUCGACAUCUCUCUGCCCAAGGGAAAGAUGGAAGGUCCAGAUGUUGAAAUGGAGGGAGGUACUGGAGGGAAAUUCAAAAUGCCUUCCAUCAAAAUGCCCAAUAUCGACAUCUCUCUGCCCAAGGGAAAAAUUGAAGGUCCAGAUGUUGAAAUGGAAGGAAGUACUGGAGGGAAAUUCAAAAUGCCUUCCAUCAAAAUGCCCAAUAUCGACAUGUCUCUGCCUAAGGGAAAAAUUGAAGGUCCAGAUGUUGAAAUGGAAGGAAGUACCGGAGGGAAAUUCAAAAUGCCCCACAUGAAAAUGCCCAAUAUCGACAUCUCUCUGCCCAAAGGAAAGAUUGUAGGUCCUGAUGUUGAAAUGGAAGGAAGUACUGGAGGGAAAUUCAAAAUGCCUUCCAUGAAAAUGCCCGAUAUCGACAUCUCUCUGCCCAAGGGAAAAAUUGAAGGUCCAGAUGUUGAAAUGGAAGGAAGUACUGGAGGGAAAUUCAAAAUGCCUUCCAUCAAAAUGCCCAAUAUCGACAUAUCUCUGCCUAAGGGAAAAAUUGAAGGUCCAGAUGUUGAAAUGGAAGGAAGUACCGGAGGGAAAUUCAAAAUGCCCCACAUGAAAAUGCACAAUAUCGACAUCUCUCUGCCCAAGGGAAAGAUUGUAGGUCCUGAUGUUGAAAUGGAAGGAAGUACUGGAGGGAAAUUCAAAAUGCCUUCCAUGAAAAUGCCCGAUAUCGACAUCUCUCUGCCCAAGGGAAAGAUUGAAGGUCCAGAUGUUGAAAUGGAGGGAGGUACCGGAGGGAAAUUCAAAAUGCCUUCCAUGAAAAUGCCCGAUAUCGACAUUUCACUGCCCAAAGGAAAGAUAGAGGGCCCAGAGACGGAGAUCCAAGGAGAAGGUGGAAAGUUUAAAAUGCCUCAUUUCAACAUGCCCUCUGUUGAUGUAUCACUUCCCAAGGGAAAGAUUGAGGGUCCAGAUAUUGAAAUGGAGGGAGGUACCGGAGGGAAAUUCAAAAUGCCCCACUUGAAAAUGCCCAGUAUCGACGUCUCUCUGCCCAAGGGAAAGAUUGAAGGUCCAGAUGUUGAAAUGGAGGGAGGUACCGGAGGGAAAUUCAAAAUGCCUUCCAUGAAAAUGCCCGAUAUCGACAUCUCUCUGCCCAAGGGAAAGAUUGAAGGUCCAGAUGUUCAAAUGGAGGGAGGUACCGGAGGGAAAUUCAAAAUGCCUCACAUGAAAAUGCCCAAUAUCGACAUCUCUCUGCCCAAGGGAAAAAUUGAAGGUCCAGAUUUUGAAAUGGAAGGAAGUACUGAAGGGAAAUUCAAAAUGCCUUCCAUGAAAAUGCCCGAUAUCGACAUCUCUCUGCCCAAGGGAAAGAUUGAAGGUCCAGAUGUUGAAAUGGAGGGAGGUUCCGGAGGGAAAUUCAAAAUGCCUCACAUGAAAAUGCCUAAUAUCGACAUUUCACUGCCCAAAGGAAAAAUUGAAGGUCCAGAUGUUGAAAUGGAGGGAGGUACCGGAGGGAAAUUCAAAAUGCCCCACUUGAAAAUGCCUAAUAUCGACAUCUCUCUGCCCAAGGGAAAGAUUGAAGGUCCAGAUGUUGAAAUGGAAGGAAAUACUGAAGGGAAAUUCAAAAUGCCUUCCAUGAAAAUGCCCGAUAUCGACAUCUCUCUGCCCAAGGGAAAGAUUGAAGGUCCAGAUGUUGAAAUGGAGGGAGGUUCCGGAGGGAAAUUCAAAAUGCCUCACAUGAAAAUGCCUAAUAUCGACAUUUCACUGCCCAAAGGAAAAAUUGAAGGUCCAGAUGUUGAAAUGGAGGGAGGUACCGGAGGGAAAUUCAAAAUGCCCCACUUCAAAAUGCCUAAUAUCGACAUCUCUCUGCCCAAGGGAAAGAUUGAAGGUCCAGAUGUUGAAAUGGAGGGAGGUUCCGGAGGGAAAUUCAAAAUGCCCCACUUGAAAAUGCCUAAUAUCGACAUCUCUCUGCCCAAGGGAAAAAUUGAAGGUCCGGAUGUUCAAAUGGAGGGAGGUACCGGAGGGAAAUUCAAAAUGCCUUCCAUGAAAAUGCCCAAUAUCGACAUCUCUCUGCCCAAGGGAAAGAUUGAAGGUCCAGAUGUUCAAAUGGAGGGAGGUACCGGAGGGAAAUUCAAAAUGCCUCACAUGAAAAUGCCCAAUAUCGACAUCUCUCUGCCCAAGGGAAAAAUUGAAGGUCCAGAUGUUGAAAUGGAAGGAAGUACUGGAGGGAAAUUCAAAAUGCCUUCAGUGAAAAUGCCCGAUAUCGACAUCUCUCUGCCCAAGGGAAAGAUUGAAGGUCCAGAUGUUGAAAUGGAGGGAGGUUCCGGAGGGAAAUUCAAAAUGCCUCACAUGAAAAUGCCUAAUAUCGACAUUUCACUGCCCAAAGGAAAGAUUGAGGGCCCAGAGACGGAUAUCCAAGUAGAAGGUGGAAAGUUAAAAAUGCCUAAUUUCAACAUGCCCUCUGUUGAUGUAUCACUUCCCAAGGGAAAGAUUGAGGGUCCAGAUAUUGAAAUGGAGGAGGGAAAGAUUGAAGGUCCAGAUGUUGAAAUGGAGGAGGUUCGGAGGAAAUUCAAAAUGCCUUCCAUGAAAAUGCCUAAUAUCGACAUCUCACUGCCCAAAGGAAAGAUUGAAGGUCCAGAUGUUCAAAUGGAGGAGGGAAAGAUUGAAGGUCCAGAUGUUGAAAUGGAAGGAAAUACUGAAGGGAAAUUCAAAAUGCCUUCCAUGAAAAUGCCCGAUAUCGACAUCUCUCUGCCCAAGGGAAAGAUUGAAGGUCCAGAUGUUGAAAUGGAGGGAGGUUCCGGAGGGAAAUUCAAAAUGCCUCACAUGAAAAUGCCUAAUAUCGACAUUUCACUGCCCAAAGGAAAAAUUGAAGGUCCAGAUGUUGAAAUGGAGGGAGGUACCGGAGGGAAAUUCAAAAUGCCCCACUUGAAAAUGCCUAAUAUCGACAUCUCUCUGCCCAAGGGAAAGAUUGAAGGUCCAGAUGUUGAAAUGGAAGGAAAUACUGAAGGGAAAUUCAAAAUGCCUUCCAUGAAAAUGGAAAAAUUGAAGGUCCGGAUGUUCAAAUGGAGGGAGGGAAAGAUUGAGGGUCCAGAUAUUGAAAUGGAGGGAGGUACCGGAGGGAAAUUCAAAAUGCCCCACAUGAAAAUGCCUAAUAUCGACGUCUCUCUGCCCAAAGGAAAAAUUGAAGGUCCAGAUGUUGAAAUGGAGGGAGGUACCGGAGGGAAAUUCAAAAUGCCUUCCAUGAAAAUGCCCGAUAUCGACAUCUCUCUGCCCAAGGGAAAAAUUGAAGGUCCAGAUGUUCAAAUGGAGGGAGGUACCGGAGGGAAAUUCAAAAUGCCUCACAUGAAAAUGCCUAAUAUCGACGUCUCUCUGCCCAAGGGAAAGAUUGAAGGUCCAGAUGUUGAAAUGGAGGGACGUACCGGAGGGAAAUUCAAAAUGCCUUCCAUGAAAAUGCCCGAUAUCGACAUCUCUCUGCCCAAGGGAAAAAUUGAAGGUCCAGAUGUUCAAAUGGAGGGAGGUACCGGAGGGAAAUUCAAAAUGCCCCACAUGAAAAUGCCCAGUAUCGACAUCUCUCUGCCCAAGGGAAAGAUUGAAGGUCCAGAUGUUGAAAUGGAGGGAGGUACCGGGGGGAAAUUCAAAAUGCCUCACAUGAAAAUGCCCAGUAUCGACAUCUCUCUGCCCAAGGGAAAGAUUGAAGGUCCAGAUGUUGAAAUGGAGGGAGGUACCGGAGGGAAAUUCAAAAUGCCUUCCAUGAAAAUGCCCGAUAUCGACAUCUCUCUGCCCAAGGGAAAGAUUGAAGGUCCAGGUGUUGAAAUGGAGGGAGGUACCGGAGGGAAAUUCAAAAUGCCCCACAUGAAAAUGCCCAGUAUCGACAUCUCUCUGCCCAAGGGAAAGAUUGAAGGUCCAGAUGUUGAAAUGGAGGGAGGUACCGGGGGGAAAUUCAAAAUGCCUCACAUGAAAAUGCUCAGUAUCGACAUCUCUCUGCCCAAGGGAAAAAUUGAAGGUCCGGAUGUUCAAAUGGAGGGAGGUACUGGAGGGAAAUUCAAAAUGCCCCACAUGAAAAUGCCCAAUAUCGACAUCUCUCUGCCCAAGGGAAAAAUUGAAGGUCCAGAUGUUGAAAUGGAAGGAAGUACCGGAGGGAAAUUCAAAAUGCCCCACAUGAAAAUGCCCAGUAUCGACAUCUCUCUGCCCAAGGGAAAGAUUGAAGGUCCAGAUGUUGAAAUGGAGGGAGGUACCGGGGGGAAAUUCAAAAUGCCUCACAUGAAAAUGCCCAGUAUCGACAUCUCUCUGCCCAAGGGAAAGAUUGAAGGUCCAGAUGUUGAAAUGGAGGGAGGUACCGGAGGGAAAUUCAAAAUGCCUUCCAUGAAAAUGCCCGAUAUCGACAUUUCACUGCCCAAAGGAAAGAUUGAGGGCCCAGAGACGGAUAUCCAAGUAGAAGGUGGAAAGUUUAAAAUGCCUCAUUUCAACAUGCCCUCUGUUGAUGUAUCACUUCCCAAGGGAAAGAUUGAGGGUCCAGAUAUUGAAAUGGAGGGAGGUACCGGAGGGAAAUUCAAAAUGCCUCACAUGGAAAUGCCCAAUAUCGACAUCUCUCUGCCAAAAGAAAAGAUUGAAGGUCCAGAUUUUGAAAUGGAGGGAGGUACCGGAGGGAAAUUGAACAUGCCUCACAUGGAAAUGCCCAAUAUCGACAUCUCUCUGCCAAAAGAAAAGAUUGAAGGUCCAGAUUUUGAAAUGGAGAGAGGUUCUGGGGGAAAGUUAAAAAUGCCUCGUUGGAAAAUGCCAGAUUUUGACAUCUCUCUGCCUCGAAGAAAACUUGAGGGCCCAGAUCUUGAAAUAGAUGGAGUUGCAGGAGGAAACAUAAAAAUGCCUCACUUAAAAAUGUCAGAUGCUGAAGGUCCUAAUGUAGAUGAGGGAGGAAAGUUCAAGAUGCCAAAAGUGGACAUAUCUCUUCCUCACGGAAAACCUUCAAUCAAAGGUCCAGAGGUAGAGAUUAAGGCAGAUGGGGGAGAGUUUAAGAUGCCGACUGUCAACAUAUCUAUCCCUGUAGGAAAAGCCAAUAUUGAUAUACCAGAAGAGAAAAUGGAGGCAGAGGGAGGAACAAUCAACAUGCCACUCAUCAAGAUGCCAAAUGUUGGUAUCUCACUACCUAAAGGUAAAACUAAAGAUAUUGAAGCACCUGAUGUAGAGAUGGAAGUCUCAGGAGGAAGGUUCAAAGGUCCACAUGUUAAACUUCCAAAUGAAAGUAUAUCACUGCACAAGAGUAAAGCAGGCGAAGCAGAGAUCGGCUUUCCAAACAUUGAUGCAAGAGGGAAAAUAAAAGUGUCACAAGUCACAUCACCAGAUCUGGACAUCGACGUGACACUAAGUAAAGCCAAACAAGACACAGAGGCAUGUGGAGAAGCUGAUCUGCAUCUUGAGGGAGAGCACAAAGGUCUGAAACUCAAGAUGCCAACAAUAGAUAUCAAAGGUCCAAAAGGAGACCUGGAGCUUGAUCUAGGACUUCAUAGAGGAGAGGGCAAGAAGGACAGGAAAAAGGUUGAACUACCUGAUUUGGAGCUCAACACAGCAGGAACUACCAGCAAAGCAAAUGGGCCAAAAGUCAAAGGAACAAAGUUCCGGAUUGGAAUGCCAAAAAAGAAAACUGGCAGAGAUGUAACAGCAGAAGCAAAAAUGUGCAAAAACUGUGGCAUUGAAGAGUUAGGUGGUCAGGUCAAACACAGAUGCAAGAGUGAAGAAAGAUUUGAUUACGAAGUUGAGAUUGAAACCCACAGCGGACAUAAAGAGAACAAAGAUCGUAUUAAUAUACCAGUACCAGAGGUUACAUUACCAAGUAUAAGUCUGAAAACCAAACAAGUUUCAGCUGACUUAGGAACAGAAGGAGAGGGUGGCCCAUUGUCAUCUAAAGCAGAAAUCAAAGUUCCCAGGAUUCAAGAAAUAGAGUUUGAUAUUGGCACAUCACAAGACGAUGAUGAGGACAAAACAGAAAAAGGCAAGAAAAUCAAAAUCCCUAAAUUUGGUGUUCCAUUACCCUUCAUCUCCUCUACUGAAGGAAGAAUGAAUAUCUAUGGGCAAGACAUCCAGUAUGAAGGCCCUAAAAUGCCAAAAGUAAAGAAAGCUGUUUUUGUCUUAGUAAAUCCUUCACAGGCAGAUAGGUCCGCUGCAUGCACUGGCCUUCUGGAAAAGGAGACAAAAUCUGAGACUGAAAAAGAGGACGUCAAAGUGAAAAUGACUAAAAUCAAAAUGAAACCAAGUUUUGACAAGUCCAAAGAUAAAUCAGCGGCUGUAUCAUUUCCUCCUGGCAAAUCAGGGUUGUUCGAGGUCAGUCUUAAGGGUGAAGGUUCAAGUUCAAGUCUCAACUGUGAAAAAGAUGCAAGUCCUCACAAGGGCUCUACGAACAAUAAAGGGACAUUCAGUGGCAAAAUCAAAGUUCCAAAAGUGGAGUUAACCUCUCCAAAUGGUAAGAUGGCUGCAGAGGGGGACGACAUGGAAAUGAGUGUGAAAUCAGGAAAAGUGGAAGACACGAAAGGGCUUAAAGUAAUAUCAGACAUGACGGCCUUUGCUGGUUUGAGUGAGGAUCUCUCGAAGGAUGUGGUGUCAUCUCAUGCCAGAACAGAUAUGCUGGACAGAGACAGCUCAGAGUCCCCGGCUAGUUCUACCAUGGAGUUCAGCUCAGCAAAGGUCAAGACGUGGAGUGAGGUCGAGAGCCAAAGCAGGGAGUCUGAAGAAAGAGAGUCUUCCACCUGGUUCAAGAUCCCAAAGUUCAACCUAAAGCCACACUCCACAGGCUUCCUCCAAAUAACCCCAGAGGGUUCUCCUCAGGCCCUGCGGAAGGGGGAGGUGGGGGGUGAGGCCGACGUCUUGGGGUCUUUCUGCCUCAACACCCCAGGGCUCCACUUAACCACCCAGAAAAUGUCCGAAGAGCACCACGUCUCCUCCGCCCAGGAGGGAACUCUUACCAUGGUAACCAAGACCACCAGAAUCACCCAGCACACAGUUACCACUGAAACGCAAGCAGGUGAAUCUUCUGCAACCACGACAACAACUCACCAGGUGUCGGACUUCAAGUACUAAGGACGCUGUAAUGCUAUCUUAAAUGUCUCUUUUUUUCUUUUUUUUCAUUGGUAAGGUUGCAGUGUUCUUGUAUGCUAAGCCUGCAAUGCGGCAAACCUCAAUUUAGUAUAUAUUUUAUGAGGUGAGGUGUGAAUAUGAUGAAAAAUGAUGAGAUUUCAUCAGUCCGCAAUAUUGUCCUUAUUAAAGCAACAGAAUAAUGUUUCUUUUUUGCAUUUUACAUGUGAUUUUUUUUUUUUUACUGUUGAUUGAGUUUUGUCCUAAUUAUUUAUCAGACUUUGUUUGGUUUGGAAGUUUUCACUCUGAAUGUAAACAUGUCACAAUACUUUAUUAUGUAUUGUUGGUUGUGUGUAAUAAUGCGCUUGAAUGAGUCUUUCACUCACAUCAGCAUCAUGGAUUUAACCACAACAAUUACAAAAUAACUCAUUUUGAACCACUACAGUACAGGCCAGCGUAAUAUUAAUGUAAAUACAACUAUGUCACUGCCUUUUGGAAGCAGCAUCCCUUUGAUCGGAAAUGAAACUAUUUUCAUAUUCACCAAAUCGGGAGUAGAAAUUAUUUUUUCCUGAUCCUAUUUUAUUUGUCUUGUAGGAUAAGUGUGAUCUUUUUGAGAUUAUAGGCUAUAUACUCUCUUUUACAGCCAUAGUUUUAUAUUUAAGCAUUUAGCUGGUGCUGUUACCCAGAGAUAGUCACACUGAGUGGGUGGGACACUCCACUUGUUUUCUGCUGUGGGGAUCAAAUCUGUGACCUUCUGGUAACAGGUUGCUCUCUAUCAUUUACUGUAGACCACCCUGCUGCUAGUCUUUUUUUAUAUUAAUGUUUUUACUGUACACUGCCAAAAAUAGAAGCCACUAUAUAUUCAAUGGUAGAGGCAUUUAGCUUCAUGAUACGCCUCCUGACUGGUGCUGAUCUUUUAGAACUCUGUGAACUGGUUUGAUUUUCAAAACAUUGGCAACGGGCUGGGAGGGAAUUUGGGGAGUUGCUGUUAGGCGCUUUAACACAGUUAGUGAGAGUUGUAAAAACUGUAAUCUUUUUUUCUCUUGACACAAAAAAAAUCUAAAAUGAUGUUCCUGUCAGGCUGCUACAAUGGCAGACUGGUUAUGGAGUGGCGAGCCUUGAUGUUGUAGCAAAGCUUUCACGUCACAAAAUAAUAAUACAAAUAAUUAUAAGUCCCGUAAAGACUGAAGCAAGGUGGUCAAGAACAAGAGGAACAAGGCACGUGUCCCUUCUGAUUAAAAUGGCUUUGAUAACAUUCUUCUAUUUAUUUUUGUAUACAAAUAUUUAAGAAUAUAUUACAAAAUGACGUUAAAUGUUAGAAUGUCAGAUAUAUAAAAGCAUUUUCAUUAUGGUCCUCGAAACCUUAUUUAAAAAAGCAUCUCUCCUUUUUAAAGUACAAAUUGUUUUAAAUUGCAGGGAGGGGGGACUUGCGCCGUCUUUUAGAUCUUUAUUUCGAAACGUAAGUUUCAUUCGCAAAUGCAGUAUCUACCAUUUGACAAAAACAACUGCUAUUGAUAUGGCAAUAAAUGAAAACUACAGAUUGUAUACACAUAGCCAUUUACAGUUUCACAGGAUACAACUAUCUGAUUAUUCAAAAUAAGGAUUAAGUUAUAAAGCAUUCAAGAAUGAACACUUAACUUUGACUACUUUACUUGGUUGAUAGUUGGAAUGAAAUUGUGUGAUAAAAUGCAUAAAUCCUAACAAAUUGCCUCCCUCACUGUUUUUCAUGAAUAACUUUUAACACCAUGCCUGUAUUUCCGGGGAGAAAGAGAUAAUAGAUUGUUUUAAAGCCAGGUCGAGAGUAGUGACAUGUCAAGGUAACACACUGAGUAGUAUAUAUGCGAGAUGUUUACCUUUCAGGUGUUAAUCUUUUAGAUUAUGAGGGUUUCAGUGCCAAGUGUUUUUGUCAAACUGCAUUUGAGAGAACGUUGUUGAAGUUGUUACAUCAAUAAAAUAAUAUUCACACAAAAAUUCA